ACCAAUAUGGAUGUUAUACCUUGCAUCUGAAGUAUAGCACCAACACCUAAUUAGCUCUCUCCUGAGCCCAAAGUCACUGAGCCCAACUCUCCCUUCAUGAUGCAGUGUGUGGUUUGAGUGAUAUAACAUUAAGCUCAAGGUGGUUGAGUCUCAAGCAGUAGGGAGGCGGAAGCAAGCCAUGGGAGCUCCGUGCCCACUGAUCCCACGGGACUCACUGAAGACACCGGAACUGUACUUGCAGUGUUGGGUUUUAAUGCACUCUGUAUUGUGGCUAUUUGUUUAACUCCUGAAGUGUAGACUGUGGGGAGACCAGAGAGCAAGGGGUGGGUAGGGACACAGAAAGGUAAAGUAAAGGGGAUAAUUCUGAGGAAAUCAAAUAAUGGCAAAAAUGUUUUCUUGUAUUAUUGAUUGUUUAUUUGGGGAAUAACAAUCAGGAAUUGGAAUAACAGCAACAUUGCAUGCCGUUUUUAUAUCAUUAGACAUGUCUCCCCCUCAGCUAGCUCACAUUCUCAGUUCAAUGAGUUUGUGAGUAUGAUUUUAAAUUAGUCACAUUUAUUUAUAAAGUCAUGAUUUGAGUAAUACAGUAAUGGUGACAACAUAGUCCCAGGAAUAGUCUAGUGAGGACUAGUAGGUCCUACCCCCGUCCUUGAUUAUGUUGCCCUUCCAUUAUUUCAAUAGCCAUAUGUUUUUUUUCUCUCCUCCCUUCGUGUGUGUGUUACAGAAUCCAGAUAGCAAGAUGAUGCAGAUCAACCUGACAGGCUUUCUGAAUGGGAAGAACGCCCGGGAGUUCAUGAGGGACCUGUGGCCCCUGCUGCUGAGUGCUCAGGAGAACAUUGCUGGCAUCCCCUCUGCUUUCCUGGAACAGAAGAAGGAGGAAAUUAAACAGAGACAGAUUGAACAAGAGAAGCUAGCUACUCUGAAGAAAGUCGAUGAUGAUAAGAAGGAAAAGGACAUCAGAGACAGGGCUCAGUCAAAAAGCCCAAGAAGUUUGCAUCGUCCGAUGUCUAGGAGGAAAUCAAGGUCACCGUCACCACGGCGAAGGUCGCCAGUGAAGCGUGAAAGGAAACGGAGUGCCUCUCGCUCGCCGAGACGCAAACCCAGUCCAGUCGCCAGCAGCUCCCCCCCUCCACCCCUGAUGCAGCUGCCAGCCAAACCUGUGGAGCAGCUUGUGGAGCCGAAUGCAUUAGAAGGAGCCCUGCCAGAGCCGGCCAUCCAAGAAACUCCUUCCACAUGUGACACAGUUGUGGAGGUGGUGAAACCAGACCCAGUUACUGAAGUCAAAGAAUCUUCGCCAGAGAAGCCUCUCAAGAAAGAGGAAAGGCCCAAGUCCCGGGACAGGGAGAAGGACAGCAGGAGGGACAGACCUCACCACCGCUCUCGUUCUCAUUCCCGCAACCGCAGGCGACGCUCCCGCUCUAGAUCCUACUCUCCUCGUAGAAGACCAAGUCCCAGGAGGAGGAUGUCUCCUCGUCGUAGGAGCCCCCCCAGGCGUGGCCCCCCUGGCAACAGAAACAGACAUAGACGGUCCCCAGUCCGCAGGAGGCGCUCACGCUCUGCUUCAUCUUCUGGCAGCAGCUCCUCCAACUCUCGCUCUCCUAAAAAAGCAAUGAAGAGAAUAUCCAACUCCCCACCCAGAAAGGGGGUCCAUCAUCCUGAAAAAGCCAUCAGCCCCGCCGGGAAGGACAGGCGGUCACCAUCUCCUCGGGCCAGAAGAGGCCGAGGCUCUGCGUCACCAGCCAGGCCGUCUGGGUUAAAGCAAAAACAAAGGGGAAGGAAUGAUUCUCCGUCUGAUAAUGCCAAGCCCAGACCUUCUGAAGGCUCUGACUCAGAGGAGGAUAAAAAUGACAAAGAGGCAACAGCAGAUUCGGUGCAGCAGCGACGUCAGUAUCGCAGGCAGAACCGACAGACAUCUUCAGGUUAAAAGCGUUUUUAUCCCCGUUCC